AUGUCCGAAUCAAUUCAAACUAUUCCGACCAAGCCAUUUCAAGAUCAAAAACCUGGUACCUCUGGUUUGAGAAAAAAGGUUCAAGUCUUUCAACAACCAAAUUAUACGGAGAACUUUAUUCAAGCAAUCUUAGACGCAAUUCCAGAAGGUAAGAAGGAAUCCACGUUAGUUGUGGGUGGUGAUGGUCGUUAUUACAAUGAUACUGUCAUUCAAUUGAUUAUCAAAAUUGCUGCUGCUAACGGUGUUAAAAAGUUGAUUGUUGGUCAAAAUGGUAUCUUAUCCACACCAGCAACGUCACACGUUAUUAGAAUCAGAAAAGCCACCGGAGGUAUUAUUUUGACUGCAUCACAUAAUCCUGGUGGACCAAACAAUGACCUUGGUAUCAAGUAUAACUUGGCCAAUGGAGGUCCUGCCCCGGAAAGUGUUACCAACAAGAUCUUUGAAAUUUCUAAGGAUCUUGAUGAUUAUAAAAUUAUCGCAUUACCCGAAUUUGAUUUGAGUAAAAUUGGUUCAUUGCAAACUGGACCAAUUGAAGUUGAGGUCAUUGACUCUACUAAGGACUAUGUGGAGAUGUUGAAGGAUACUUUCGACUUUGCCGCAAUUAAAAAAUUCCUUGCUGAUGCCACCGAGAAGCAAGAUUUCAAGUUGCUUUUUGAUGCCAUGAAUGGUGUCACCGCUCCUUAUGGGCAACAAAUCUUCGUAGAAGAGUUGGGAUUACCAUCUUCGUCUGUACAAAAUUGUAAAUCAUUACCAGACUUUGGUGGAUUACAUCCAGACCCAAAUUUAACUUACGCAAAGGGGUUAGUUGAUAGAGUAGACAAAGAAAACAUUGCAUUUGGUGCUGCAUCCGAUGGGGAUGGUGAUAGAAACAUGAUUUAUGGUGCAGGAACUUUUGUUUCUCCAGGUGAUUCAGUAGCAAUCAUCGCUGAAUAUGCUGACGCUAUUCCAUAUUUUGUUAGAAACGGGGUUCAUGGUUUAGCCAGAUCUAUGCCAACUUCAGGUGCAUUGGACUUGGUAGCUAAAGACAAGGGCUUAAAUAUUUAUGAGGUUCCAACGGGAUGGAAGUUCUUCUGCAACUUGUUCGAUGCUAAAAAGUUAUCCAUCUGUGGUGAAGAAAGUUUCGGUACUGGCUCUGACCAUAUUAGAGAAAAGGAUGGCUUGUGGGCUAUUAUUGCAUGGUUAAACGUUCUUGCUGACUUCGAUAAGAAGAAUCCUGAUAAGAAGACUAGUGUAGAAAUAGUUCAAAAUUCUUUUUGGGAAAAGUACGGUAGAACAUUUUUCACUAGAUAUGAUUUUGAAAAUGUUUCUAGUAAAGGAGCUAACAAGAUUAUUGAAUUAUUAACCUCUAUUGUGGAGAAUAGUCCAAAGGGUUCUAAAUUAGCUGACGGAUAUGUUGUUGCAGAAGGCGAUAAUUUCUCAUACACUGAUUUAGAUGGUUCUGUUUCCUCCAAUCAAGGUUUGUUUAUAAAAUUUGAAAAUGGAUUAAGAUUUAUUGUUAGAUUAUCAGGUACGGGUUCAUCUGGUGCUACCGUUAGAUUGUACUUGGAAAAACACUCUUCUGACGCAUCUACUUAUCAAACUAAGGUUGAUGACUACUUGUCAAAGGAUAUUAGAUUUGUCUUAGAUUUAUUGAAAUUCAAUGAGUUUUUAGGAAGAGACGAACCUGAUGUUCGUACUUGA